GCUCUCAGGCGCGGCUCCCCGGGACCCCCGGGCCGCUUUCCCCGCGGCGCUGCGCCCCGCCACCCCCACCCCCCCCCCCCCCCCCCCCCAGGCGCGGCAGCCCCGCGCAGGCGCCCGCUCGUGCGGCAGCCGCGGCGAGAGGGGCGGCCCCCACGUGCGCAUGCGCGGCCGGCGCGGCGGCGGGGGGAGGGGCGCGGCCGGCGGCGGCGCUCCGGGCGGGCUGUGCGCAUGCGCCGUGCAGGGGGAGCUGGGCGCCGCGCAGGCGCGGGGUGAGGAGCCGGCGGCGGGGCGGGGGGCGCGGCCUGGGCGCUGCCGGGGGGCUCAGGCCGGGGGUCGGGAAGGGCCUUCCUCGCAGCCCGGGCGAGGCUUUCCGUCCGCCUGCCUCCGGCUCUCGCCGCCACAGGCCUCCCGGGGCAAUCCUGCCGGCUGCUGCUUGCUGCCGCCGCGGUCGAGGGGAAGCCGGGGGAGCGCGGCGACGCAAGGAACCGCCAGGAUGAAGCUGGUGAGGAAGGACCUGGAGAAGGAUAAUGCGGGGCAGGUGACGCUGAUCCCCGAAGAGCCCGAGGACAUGUGGCACACCUACAACCUGCUGCAGGUGGGUGACAGCCUGCGGGCCUCCACCAUCCGGAAGGUGCAGACCGAGUCGGCCACGGGCAGCGUGGGCAGCAACCGCAUCCGCACCACCCUCACCCUCUGCGUGGAGGCCAUCGACUUUGAUUCACAGGCCUGCCAGCUGCGGGUCAAGGGCACGAACAUCCAAGAGAAUGAGUAUGUCAAGAUGGGAGCCUACCACACCAUCGAGCUGGAGCCCAACCGGCAGUUCACGCUGGCCAAGAAGCAGUGGGACAGCGUGGUGCUGGAGCGCAUCGAGCAGGCCUGCGACCCUGCCUGGAGCGCCGAUGUGGCAGCCGUGGUCAUGCAGGAAGGGCUGGCUCAUGUCUGCUUGGUCACUCCGAGCAUGACGCUUACCCGUGCCAAGGUAGAGGUGAACAUCCCCCGCAAGCGGAAAGGGAACUGCAGUCAACAUGACCGGGCCCUGGAGAGAUUUUACGAGCAGGUCGUGCAAGCCAUCCAACGGCAUAUCAACUUUGAGGUUGUCAAGUGUGUGUUGGUGGCUAGCCCAGGCUUCGUACGGGAACAGUUUUGUGACUACAUGUUCCAGCAGGCGGUCAAGACUGACAACAAGCUUCUGCUGGAGAACAGGUCCAAGUUCCUACAGGUCCACUCUUCGUCUGGACAUAAAUACGCGCUGAAGGAAGCCCUCUGUGACCCAGCUGUGAAUAGCCGUCUCUCUGACACUAAAGCAGCUGGUGAGGUCAAAGCCUUAGAUGACUUCUAUAAAAUGCUGCAGCAUGAGCCUGACCGGGCUUUUUAUGGUCUAAAACACGUGGAGAAGGCCAACGAAGCCAUGGCCAUCGAUACCUUGCUGAUCAGUGAUGAGCUUUUCCGGCACCAGGAUGUGGCAACACGUGCCCGAUACGUUAAAUUGGUAGAUAGUGUGCGGGAGAACAUGGGCACAGUACGCAUUUUCUCCAGCCUUCAUGUGUCUGGAGAGCAGCUUGGCCAGCUGACAGGGGUGGCAGCCAUCCUACGCUUUCCUGUUGCUGAGCUCUCUGACCAGGAAGAUGAAUCUAGCUCUGAAGAGGAUUGAUAACAGUGACUUCAUUACAGUUUCUUUUCCAAGUCAUGUUGAAAUGACAUUAAAGGGCUCCCCCUUCCUAAAUACUUUGUGCGGGUGUGCCAUGACAUGUAAAUUAAGUUUUUGAUCGUACUUCUUACUGCAUAUAGCUCUGUCCAGUACACUAAUGGGUAUCUAUUCUAUGGUAAUGAUUAUUGGUAUACUGUGCAUUGGAGCUAACUGUUUUUGCAAAUUAUACCCUGGACCUCUGGCAGUACAGGGAAAUAAUUUGACUCCCCAAAGCUGCUCAUUUUGCAUGUUAAGGCAGAUUGUCAGCUUAAUGGCUUUGAAUGUGUAUGAUAAGAUAAUAAAAUAAGACGGAGAAUACUA